AUGGAACGGACAGGCUCCGGAUCGCGCGCUCUGUUCCCAAAGGGUCCCAGCUUUACUAUCGAUGAUUUCUCCAAUAAGGACUUCAUAGUUCGUGAUUUUGUCGAUGAACUUGCUGAGAAUGCUGUAUCUUUUAACCGUCGUUCUGGACCUGCUCAACAACCCUUUGAUCCGAAGCCCUUAAUCCGAACCUUUGAGAAUGCACUACAGGGCUUAGGCAACUUAUCAGAGGAGCUACAAGCAAAGGAGUCGGAUCUUCUAUCACAAGCCCGCCGCGGAGAAAUCCAGCAUGACCAAACUGUCGAUACUCUAGGUCGCAAGUUGGAACAAUCUAUCGACCAAUUCGAAGCCCUAGAUCUCACCCUUAAUAACCCGAAUGGAAAUGAGCGAGGCAACCGUGGCGAUGCAGGUGGGAAUAUCGCUGUCCAAAUUGGAGAGAAGCUGGAAGAGUUGGAUAGGAAACGAAGGCGGGCGCUGGACGCCAACUUUCUAAUACAAUGCUGGCUCCAAGUUAGCGAAACCGGAGAGCUUACACUACUACAAGAUAUUCAACGUCAGGGCGGCUCCGAAAAUAAAGUGAGAUGCGCUGUGAUUGCACACCAGCUAAUGCGAAUUAGUCAAAGAUUGGACCCUAUUUCCUGGGGUCAGACGAAUGGAUUCCGCAAUGGCUUUGCUAAUGGCGAUAUUGACGAUGAUAGGAGAUAUAAUACCCGUGAAAUAUUGGAGAAAUUUUGCGAAACACUAGAGCAAGAUCUACUGAAGCAGUUUAACAACAGCUACCGUAAGCAAAACUUCGACGAUAUGAAGGAGUGUGCCAAGGUGCUAUACGACUUCAAUGGAGGUGCCAGCGUGAUCGCUGUUUUUGUGAAUCAACAUCAGUUCUUCAUUGACAGAGACCAACUUAUAACCGACGAGGUGACGAUGGAUGGAGAAACGUGGGAUCAACUGGCAGAUCCCGACUCUGAACCACCGGGAGUUGAGCCUAGCCUUCAAUCACUUAUAGACGAGGUCAAAAUCGUCAUGCAAGAGGAAUCGUUUAUCAUUAAAAGGGCAUUCCCUUACUAUGAAACAGUCCUGAUCAAAUUUAUACAACGUGUAUUCCAGCAGUCGAUACAACAACGGAUGGAGUUGGUGUUAGAGAAAGCUAAUACCAUCUCAUCAUUAGCUUUUCUUCGAUCCCUCCACUCCUCUAGAAGUUAUAUCGGUGCCUUGGUAGAGGACUUGAAGGCACACGGCCUCACAGAGCACUCGGAGCCUUGCUCCCCCCAAAUAUCCCAGAUAUUAGAUCAGCAGAUGGAAGAAUUAUUCGUUCCAUAUAUAGUAGGCAAUUCGUACAUCGAGCGUGAGAAAAGGAGCUUGGAAGAACUGUUCAAUUCGCUACUCUUCAAAUAUAAUAUUUAUCACUCUAGGAGGAAGAAGGCACCUACAGGUUUUAUGGCUUCGUUAGCCCAACAAACCAAUCAGCUCAUGGCAUCCGCUAAGGACGCGUAUCUGGAGCGGCUUGAAUCAUCUGAUCUCACCCCGACACAGAAAGCCAUGAUGUUGAGGGUUGCCGGUGUCCAGGAAAACGAUAAGAACAAAAACGAAAUCGAAGUUUCAGAGGCAGAGGGUAUUUUGAGCACUGUUAUAGCAAAGAGGAUGUUGACAUGGCUUGCCGAAAGUGUCCGACGAACACUCGAGCUGGGUAGUCCAAGCGACACUCCAAAAGACGUUGCUAUACUCCUUAAUCUCCUGCUGACUAACAUGGGACAAGUCUACGUAGAGACAGCUCUGGAAGCAGCUCUUGAGAAGGCCACAUCUCAAGAGAACGUGAAGACGGAACCGGAUCUCAGCUAUUUACCUUCUGUCCGCCCCGCCGUAACAAUCGGUAGCAUGAUGAACCGCUUCAUAAAUAUGGUGCUCAUCCGCCUCGCCGAAUCCAACACCACUGUACGAAGGAGCAUGGAGGCCCAAUCGAAGAUGGGUAUCGAAAGCAUCGAGAAGAAAGCCAGUAGCAUCAUGAAAAGCACUGUAGAUGUCAUCGUCAACUGGGUAUCUAAGUCUCUGGCUCAGCAGAAGAAACUCGACUUCCUACCCAAAGACGAGCUCAGCAUCAUCGAGUCGCUACAAACACCAACAUGCACCACAACAUGCCUAUUCCUAUCGCGGUGCACGAAGCUCAUCGCACAGGCCGUCGACGGCGCCAACCUCGAGGUCUUCAGCAGCGAGCUCGCGCUCGAGAUCCAGCGCCUGCUCUUCGACCACUUCAAGAAGUUCAAGGUCAACGCCACCGGCGGUCUCAUGGUCACCAAGGACAUCGCCGGCUACGUAGCCGCCCUCAAGGAAUGGCCUCUGGCCAAAGACGUCGAGGUGGCCGUCGAACUGCUCACCGAAAUCGGUUACCUCUUCAUCAUCGGCCCCGAGGCCCUGCGCGAGCGCUCCCGCAACCUAGCUGCUUCGUCUGCGGGCCCUGCCGCUGCUAAGAAGCUAGCCAAGGCGGAUUUCAAGGCGUUUAUACAAAGCAGAGACGACGCCAAGAGUGCGGGUGUGCAGAGCGUCUUGUCGAGCUUAUAA